ACGUAUUAGAGUAACGAACCUGUUACAUAAGUUCCCGCUCACUCACUCUGACUCUCUCUUCUCUUUUCUUCCCCGAACUCUCUAUAUACAAACCAACUGAUCUCCACUCUCCAGUUGAUCAAUAAUAAAAGUUUCUACAAGAAUCGUGAUGGUGCCAAAUGGUUUCGCCUUUUUCUCGACGGCCGUCGCUUCCUUCCCUUUCUUCCUUCUCGGCUACGAAGUGGCAGUACUGUACGGCCAGAACAAAAUUCAGGAGAGCUUCGAGGAGACCAUUGAUGGAUUCGAGGACAGCAUUAGGGGCUUCGUCUUCUUUAGUGCACUCCUAGCGGGCUUCCUCAUGAGUACCAUCGGCCGGCAAAAGAUGUUCUUCGUCGGAGCACUUGCCUAUACCGUCGGCGUGGCGGUCCUCGUCAUCGGGUACACGUUCAAGUGCUUCAAAGCCGGCCGAGGCCUCAUGGGCGUGGGCCUCGGUUUUGGGCUCGCCAUCGGGCCCGUCUACAUUGCGGAGAUCUCUCCGGCCCGCCACCGAGGGUUUCUGGAAUCCAUCCCGCAGUUGUUUCUCUGCCUCGGAGCCAUGAUGGGGUACGUGAUGGAGUACGCCUUCUCGAAGGUGGCAUCGACGCUUGGAUGGCGGUUCAUGAUGGCGAUUCCUGGCGUCGCGUCCUUCAUUUUCACCGUCCUUGCCGCCUUUCGUAUGCCUGAGUCGCCUUGCUUCCUGGUGAUUAAUGGCAGAGUCCGGACGGCCAGACAGCUCUUCGAAGACAAGUUGAGAACUCCAGCAGCUGAAGUGGAAGCGAGGAUGAGGCAGCUGAAGAAUGCUGCUGGCAUCUCUCAGGAGACCGAGAGGGACACCGUUCUGGACGAGACAUCCCCCGGAGGGAUACCGGGAAUGUGGGGCCAGCUGUCUCGCCGGGAGACGUGGGGGAUCAUCAUGGUAGCCGCCGUGCAGCAAGCCCUCCAGCGGGUAUCGGGGGAGUACAUUCUCCUGAGCUACAUCAGGCUGACACUUGCCCAAAACAAGCAAGACUCCCGAGAAAUGUACCUGGCUGCGAUCCAAAUGCUACUCGGCUCCAAGUUGCUAGGCUCGCUUCUUGCCUCGUUCCUCUUGGACCGGUGUUUUGGCCACGGACGGGUAUCCCUGAUGGUGGUCAGCACGUCGACGACGAUGGUGGCCAUGGCGGGUUUGGGUGGAGCGGCGAUCGCAAGCCAGCACGGUCGUAUCACUCGUGGGACCGCGUUCAGGUGCUACGUAGCGGGUUCCUUGGGGCUCGAGGCCGGGACCGGGUUAGGGCUUGGGCCAGUCCCUUGGCUCUACGGGCCGGAAGCACUGAUGCUUCCGGCUAGAGCCAUUGGAGUGACCCUAGCCGUAGCGGCCGGUUUGGGAGUGGAUUGGUUACUUGACCUAAAGGUGAUCCCCAUCUCUCACGAAUCCAUCACUGCGGCGGGCACGCCGCUGCUCGUGUUUAGUUCUUUCAUGUUUGUUGGUGCCUUGAGUUGCUUGUUUAUGAAGGAUAGGAGCCAACAAGUGCUGCUUGAUGCGGUGGUGGAUCCUCCAGACUCCAGUAGUACUGCUAGCUAGUUGAUGAUCAAGAACAACAGUAAUAUAUAGCUAGCUACCCAUGAUCAGUACUAUAAUUCUUCGCCCUUGACUUGAUGACAGCAAGCUAGGUUGAUUACGCAAAAGAUGUGCUCUACAAACAAACUAACUAUUUGGUGACUGGCUAGCCAUCCUUUCAUGCACUAUCACCAUGCAUAUAUAUGUGCGCGUUUCCUGAAGCAACAAAGCUUCCUUCUUCCACCCUUUCAGAAAGCUUCUCUCUGUUUUAGGAAUGAAAUUAAUUAGUGGACAACAAUGGUACGUGGGUUUGUUAUGCCCACUUGUAGUAGACUAGUAGUAGUGUAGUAGAAGAAGAGCCACAUUCACUCCUCGUCAUCUUUAGCUAGCUAGUCGGGUUGGUCAAUAUAUACGGCUUUUGCGU